AUGGAUGAUGUAUCAGAUGCAGCCCAGCACUACAUCGAGUGUGAUACAGCAUUAUGUCGAAACUUCUCUGAGUUUUACUGCAAUACUUGUCAUCAGCGAAUCUGUGGUCUCUGUAGGGAGAAUCACUUAAAGCGUAACAAAGGACAUGACAUAGUCCCUUAUCAGGAGAAAAAAAGAAAGUUACCUUCAGAAAAAUGCAAAACCCACCCCACAUUUUAUAUUGAUAUAUAUUGUGAUGAUUGUCAGGUUCCUGUCUGCCCCAAUUGCUUAGCCCAGGAUCACAAUGAUCAUGCAAACUGUAAUCUAGAAAUUAUCUAUAAUAACACUCUAAAAGAAUGUCAAAAGGAAAUAAUUGAUAUCUGGAAAACAGUCAUUCCUAAGGCUACUGAUAACAUAAAGUCAUUCGGAGAGGAAAAGAAAUAUACCAUGAAGGAAAUCGCCAACUUAAGAUUGUCUAUGAAGAAGAGAGCAAAUGAACUGAAGGAGGCAGUUGACGCAAUACUCACUGCUAAUAAUAAAAAGCUGGACGAAAUUGAAAACUUGCUUUUAAAUGAUCUUGAGGAAAACCAAAAGAAGACAGAAGAUUUCAUUGCAUAUUUGAAAAAGAUAAUAACAGAUUAUGAGAAUAAGAUGUCUUCGAUAAGAACCAUGGAACUUUUUAAAUUCUAUUUCGAUAUAUCCUCAGCUACACUGAAGAGGCCUACCCUAAGUAAACUAAAACUGCCAACAUUUAAUCCAGGUACGACAAAUGAAGAGGAAAUUGCCACAGAAUUUGGUGAAAUUGAAACAGAUUCAUAUACCAAGAUAUUGCUAUCCUCUUCCGCAAAAAAAGUAAAUGAGAUAAGGAUCCAUGCAUCAGCAGUUUCACAUUUAUCUUCUCUACUUUUGGAUAGAUUUUGGGCCGGGAGUGACUGGAAGAAGAUUAUUCAGUCUGAUAUGCAAGGAAAUACAACGCAGGAAAUAUCCAAUAGUAUAUGGUGCAUCAGAGGUAACCACACAGUCAAUACAGAGGGAGAGCUACUUUACUCAGACUACAAAAAUAGCAAUGUAUGCAGAGUACGGAGUAACCUGUCCAUCAACAAACUAGUUAGCACAGGGAACUGGGAACCUGGAGCCAUCUUCUCCUCCAAUAUUAAUGGGCACAUUUUAGUUGGUAUGGAAAGAAACAGAUGCAUGAAAGUAACCAGAUACAGCAAAAGAGGAAAGAAGUUACAGGACAUCCAGAGAGACAAUAAAGGAAAAGAUCUUUUCCAAAGUAUAAACUUUAUCUCAGAGAACAUUAAUGGUGACAUCUGUACCUCAGACUACUUAGCGCGAAAGGUGGUGCUGGUAACCGGAUCGGGAGAGUAUCGGUUCUCUUAUUCAGGUCACCAUUCCCAGUUUGGAUUUAUUCCCUAUGGAAUCUGCACAGAUGUUCUGGGACACAUUUUGGUUUGUAACGGCUAUGAAGAUUCUCGUAAUCAUUGCUCCAGUGUCCACCUACUGGACAUGGAUGGUCAGUUCCUCUCUCUUUUACUCACACCAGAUCAAUGUGAUAUGGAUACCUGUGCUCUUUGUAUCGAUAAACAUCAUAAUCUUUUGGUUGGAGGUUUAAACAGUUCUACCAUCUCCGUAUACAAAUAUUUGGAAAAAACAUAA